AAUAAGCAUAGCGCCCAGACAGCCGUUUCUUAACUGGCUCUCUCAUCAUCUCCCUCCAUGCCUCAUUCAUGGCAAAAUGGUGUUUUUCGUUCCCCAUACGCUCCUACCCUUUUACUAUUUACUCUUUUCUGAAGCAAAAUUACGCACUCGUAUCUAAUUCAUAACUUCUGUAAACUGUUCUUGCCUCUCAAAAUCACGUAAUCAAACAGUCAUCACCAAUCACCGCUGGUUUUUUGCAGACUUAGCUUGAUUUGCUAUCGCUAUCUGAGUAUCAGUUCGGUGAUUAAAUAAUCGGAGAAGGACGUUAAGAGGGGCAAUCGAAUUUAAUUGGCUUCGGGGUUUGUAAAAUUUGGGGAAGAAGGAGCGAUGUCUAGAUUUGAAGGAGUUCUUAUUUCUGAUCAUUGGCUACAAAGCCAGUUUACUCAAGUUCAACUUCAUAGCCUCAAAUCCAAGUUUAUAGCAUUGAAGAAUCAAAAUGGGCAAGUUCUUGUUGAGGAUUUGCCAGCUUUGUUUCUGAAAUUGAAGCCUUUCAAUGACAUGUUUACAGAGGAUGAAAUCAGGGAUGUGUUACAAUCAUCUGGUUCUGAUACUAGUAACAAAGUGGAAUUUGAAGAAUUUCUCAGGGCUUAUGUAACUCUGCAAUCAAAAGUUGUGAACAAAUCGGGUGACUCAAAGAACUCAUCUUCCUUUCUUAAUGCAACAACCACAACACUACUUCACACAAUUGAUGAAUCAGAAAAGAAAUCUUAUGUUGCUCAUAUCAAUAGCUAUCUUAGGGAUGAUCCAUUUAUGAAGCAGUUUCUUCCCAUAGAUCCUGCUACAAAUGCCUUGUUUGAGCUUGCUAGAGAUGGAGUUCUUCUAUGUAAACUUAUCAAUGUAGCUGUUCCGAAUACAAUAGAUGAAAGAGCUAUCAACACAAAGAGAAUACUGAACCCUUGGGAAAGAAAUGAAAAUCAUACUCUUUGCCUCAAUUCUGCUAAGGCUAUAGGAUGCACAGUGGUCAAUAUUGGCACACAGGAUCUCAUUGAGGGAAGACCUCAUUUGGUACUUGGUCUAAUCUCUCAAAUCAUAAAGAUCCAACUCCUUGCAGAUCUUAACCUUAGGAAGACACCACAGCUUGUGGAACUUGUGGAGGACAACAAUGAUGUGGAGGAGCUUAUGGGAUUAGCACCCGAAAAACUGUUACUAAAAUGGAUGAACUUUCAUCUUAAAAAAGCAGGUUACAAGAAACCUGUAACAAAUUUCUCAUCUGAUCUUAAGGAUGGAGAAGCGUAUGCAUAUCUGCUCAAUGUUCUUGCCCCUGAACAUGGAAAUCCAGCCACUCUUGAUGCUAAGGAUCCUGUCCAAAGGGCAGAUUUGGUACUUCACCAUGCGGAAAAAAUGGAUUGCAAAAGAUACUUGACUCCAAAGGACAUAGUUGAAGGCUCAUCGAAUCUUAAUCUUGCAUUUGUUGCACAAAUAUUCCACCAAAGGAAUGGCCUAUCAACUGAUAACAAAAAGAUUUCUUUUGCUGAAAUGAUGACAGAUGAUGUGCAAAUGUCUAGAGAUGAAAGGUGCUUUAGACUUUGGAUCAAUAGUUUUGGAAUUUCUUCUUAUGUCAACAACUUGUUUGAAGAUGUCAGAAACGGAUGGGUACUUUUGGAAGUUUUAGACAAAGUUUCUCCAGGAUCAGUUAACUGGAAGCAAUCAUCAAAACCCCCUAUUAAGAUGCCAUUUAGAAAAGUCGAAAAUUGCAAUCAAGUCAUUAAGAUUGGAACUCAAUUGAAAUUUUCACUUGUGAAUUUAGCUGGAAAUGAUUUCGUUCAAGGGAAUAAGAAACUCAUACUUGCUUUCUUAUGGCAAUUAAUGAGAUUUCACAUGCUUCAACUUUUGAAGAACUUGAGAUCACAUUCACAAGGGAAGGAGAUAACAGAUGGGGAUAUUUUGAAGUGGGCAAACAAAAAAGUGAAAAACACAGGAAGAACAUCUCAAAUAGAGAGUUUUAAGGAUAAACAGCUCUCAAGUGGCAUAUUUUUCCUUCAGCUUUUGAGUGCAGUAGAGCCCAGGGUUGUCAACUGGAACCUUGUAACCAAGGGUGCAAGUGAUGAGGAAAAGAAGUUGAAUGCAACUUACAUAAUCAGUGUUGCCCGAAAGCUAGGGUGCUCGAUUUUCUUGCUGCCUGAAGACAUCAUGGAGGUGAAUCAGAAGAUGAUACUUAUGCUGACAGCCAGCAUUAUGUACUGGAGUCUGCAACGAUCUCGUGAUAAGUCGGAAUCGGAAUUGGAAUUGGAAUUGGAAUCAUCUCCGGCAUCGGUUUUGGAGAUUCCGGAAGCAUCACCGGAAUCAUCUUCGGUGAAUGGGGAUCGUGAUAACUUCACGGGUGUUGAGAUAUCCAAGUUGUCGAUUGAUGAUAAUGGGGUUAUGUCGAUGGUAGAAAAUAGUGACACUUUGUUGCAAUAAUGUGUACAUAUUGUUGUUAGGUAGAAUCUUAAUAUCAGGAGUUUUGGUUUACGUUUCUUUGGAAUAAUAUGGGAAGCUAUACAAGUUUUCUUUUUUACUUAAUGUAGAAUGAAUUAAGGCUA